UUUUAAAUAAAAUGUAUAUACAAAUACAUACAACCAUGUAUAUAUGUAUAUAAAAAUGUCUCAACAACAGAAAAAAAAACAACAAAUGUACAACAGCAACAACUACAACAAUUUAACUAAAAAAAUCCAUUAAAUGAGAAAAAAAAGACAUACGGAAUAAAUGAAACAUGAACUAGAAAAUAAAAUAAAAAUAAUAAUGAAUUCAAGUGUAUCUUGUAAAGUGUAUGUAUGUAUAUGUAUGUUACCUGUGUGUAUUUAAAUGGAAUAGAUGUACCAAAUCAUAAGAAGUAGAAGCAGCCACAGCAGUAGAGGCAUCGGAGGCAUUAGCAUUAGAUUGGAAGAAAAGAAGCAAAUGAAUACAGUGUUAAUGGCCACAACAAAUUUUCAACAAAAAACCAUAACGCCCCCUCAAUUAAAGAAAAAUACAAAAUAAAAAUAAAAAAAUUAAUCCACCAUAAAGCAAGAGCGAAAUUUUUCAUAAAAAAGUUUUUUUUUUUUUCGUUUUUUUUUUUAAUUUUUUGUUCUCGGUUUAGUUCAAAAUUUGUUUCUUUUUGUAUCCAAUAAGAGCAACAAGAAAAAAAUUAAAUAAAAUUUAUAUGUCUAUGUCGUAAUGCUUGAUCUAAACCAUUAUCAUCAUCUCUAGCCGGCCUCUGUAUUAUUGUUAUUUUUCAAACAAACAACCAGAAAACAGACAAAAUAUCGUUAUUUUUCACCACCCCCACGAUCAACAACAAAACAAGAAGAAAAAUAAAUAAAAAUUUCGUUUGUUUUAUUAAGAGUUGUUGUUGUUGCUGCUUUAAGUUACCAACUAACAAUAACAAUUACAACCAGCAGCGGAAUUAAAAUUAUUGCUGCUGCAUUAACAGCUUCUUCAGUAACAACACCAGCAUCAUUUAGCUGCUUCUCUUACCCACUCUCUCUCCCCAUCUUAAAGUACUGCUUGCGGUCUCUUCGUCAUCAUCAGUUUGUGCGUUGUGGGGUGCGUAUGUACGUUGUUUAACGUACUUGCGCCUAUUUGAGGCACAGCAUGCCACUGCCUCGCCUACCACCUGUACUUCAUAAACCGUAGUGUUCGGUAUCAAUAAUGUUAAAAGAUUUUUUGAUUUAUGUUGUUGUUGUCAGUCCUCUCAGCCACCACUACCACCACGUUCACCACAACCACCACCAAAAAAAUAUUAGAAAAUUUUUUUAUCAAUUCACCAACAAAAAAUAUAACAAAUCACCACGUUCACCACGUAACAAAUGAAAAUAUUAUAAAUUAUUUAAAUAAUAAAAAUAAUUUAAUUUAUCAUUAUCAUUUCCAUCGAUCGUCCAAUAUAUAAAUCAACUAGCAAACAAACAAACAAAAAAAUCAAAUCAAAUCAUCUCCACCACUCCAAUCAACCAACCAUCAUCAUCAAUAAUUUUGUAGUUGUACUUCAAAUCCAUCCGAUCAACUUCCAUCAUGGCCACCAUUAAUUCGGUUCCCAAGAGUAUACACCUGCCCUUGACAACCAGUCUGUCGUCAGCGCCUCGUGUGCUUAUGUGUAGUGCGUCGGUGGGUACAGAAGCUUCGGUAACAUUACAAUUGCGCGAUGUUAAUUCCAAUGACUCAAUACAAUCCAAUCAAUCAUCAUCAGAAGCAGCCGCCGCAGCAGCAACAAUUAUUACAUCAACGUCGACAAAUAAUCAUUAUACAGGCGGAACAGGAACAACAGCAACAUCUGGGACGACGACAACAACAACAACAUUGGAUAAUGCAUUAACCAUUGGUUAUCCAGAUCCAGAAAUGUUGGCUGAUGUUUUAGGUACAUUACAAACAGCAUCUCUUAAAAAUACAAAUAAUCCCAGUGGUGAGAGUACAAAACAAAAUUCCUCCAAACUAACAAAUACCAGCGAUAUUACCAAUAACAAUUUAAAUGGUACGAUUAAAAAUCGUAUAACAAUUAGUAAACGCUCCACAAAUAUUAUUAAUAAUCCCCAAAAUACCAGCAGUAAUAACAACAGCAACAUUAUCAACAACAAUAGUAGCACUAACAAUAACAACAACAAUUUUAUUCGUGAUAUUUCCAAAACGACUACCACAUCAGCGGUACAAACAGUAACGACCUCAACGAAUACUACAACCGCAGUGAAUAAAACCAACAGUUAUAUAAAAAAUUGUCUAAUACGUAGCAGCAGUUGCAGCAAUACUACCAACAUAACAUCCCUGGCUCAGAUAAUGAGCAAUAGUAGUAAUAGCAGCAGCAACAGCAAUACCAACAGCAACAAUAACAGUCAUAGCAAUAGUAAUAAUAAUAAUAGUAGCAAUCAAAUCAAUAAUAGCACAACUAUCAGCUGCAACGGUAUUAGCAACAAUAACAACAACAAUAACAAUUUAAGUCAACUUAAUAACAACAAUAACAGCAAUACCACCACCACCAACAACAGCAGCAACAAUAGCUGUAAUAGCAAUUUCAGUUCGAGCAGCAACGACAGUUGUUUCAGUUAUAGCAGCAAUAGUAGUAGCGGCAACUCAGUUGCGCGUAGCAUAACAUCGUUGAGUCACGGUAGCCGUAAAGUUCCUGGUACAUUAACAACAAAUCCACCGAAAAUCUUAAAGAAAAGCCGUUCGAAAAUAUCAUCACCCAGUCGUCACGGUCCACAGCAGUGUCAGAUUUGUAAUAAAAUUUUUGGAAAUGCAUCAGCACUGGCCAAGCACAAACUGACACACAGUGACGAACGGAAAUACGUGUGUGUUAUGUGCUCAAAGGCAUUUAAGCGACAAGAUCAUUUAAAUGGACAUAUGAUGACACAUAGAAAUAAAAAACCAUAUGAAUGUAAAGCUGAAGGUUGUGGAAAAUCAUAUUGUGAUGCUCGUUCAUUAAGAAGACAUACAGAAAAUCAUCACGCAGGUGUUAUAGCACCACACAAUCAUCAGCUCUUAAUAUCCAAUAAUAAUUCCAAUUCAAAUUUAAGUUUAUCCCCAGCGACAGCAAAUGGAGACGCCAGUUCACCAGAUGGUGCCACUUGUUUAGGUACAUAUCUUUCAAACGGUGGUACAGUGGUUGAUGCCGCUACUGGUUUAGCUUUGACCGAAGAAGAACUUAAAGCUUUGAAUGUGCCGCUUAAGACAGGCGUAACUUUAUUAUCACCCACAUCGACUACAUCCUCCAUGUCGUCCUCUAGCAGUAUGUCGAAUGGUCCGGGUGCCACCAUAACUCUGACCGAUAAUAGUGGUAAUUUGGAUGGAGAAGGUUUGACGCGAGAACAGUUGGAUUUGAUAAGUAAAAUAAUGAGACAAACUAAACAAACCACUGCACAAGUGACAGUAUCUUCGCCAACCAGUAGUCAGUCGUAUAAAAUAGAUACCAAUCCCCCAGCCACGGCUCAAACACAAAAUUCCCGACCCAGAACCUGGAAUAUGCAAUUGCUAAAUUCCUCCCAAAAUGUUGCCAUUACCGUUGAUGAGGUCAAUGCCGAUAAUAUCAAUGAUUCCUCUGCCAAUUCCCAAAACAAAAUCAAAGAGGAUGAAAUUGAAAUAGAUUUAUCUAACACCAUUAAUUCCAAUCUUUUCAAUUUAGUUAAAAUUGAUCAGAAGCCAGUAGAGUGUAAUUUAUGCCAUCGCAAAUUUAAAAAUGUACCCGCCCUUAAUGGUCACAUGCGUUUACAUGGCGGCUAUUUUAAAAAGGAUCCAGAAACCAAAAAGAGUGAAAAGAAGGAGAACAGUGGUCCUCCAUUGCAGACAGCAAGUAUUGGUGUAAGAGCCUUGAUUGAAGAAAAGAUUAUUAGCAAAAGAAGUAAAGAUUUAAAUAAGGGUGCCUUUGUAGUCCCCGCACCACCCACAAGUAGUAACCAAAGUAAUACAACUACCAUACGUAGAUCCAUUAGUGAUUUGGAUAGUUUCCUUAAUCCCAAGACACAACCGAACAGUACAACUACAACAAAUCAACAACAAAAUUCCACACAACUACAGCAACCGCAGCAGCAGCAGCAACAAUUACCAGCGGUUACAACUAUCAAAAAUAAUCCCAAAUCUAAUAUUAAUGUUCAAGAUAUAAAUUUGCCACAAAGUAUCGAAAUAUAUAGUACUAAGCAGCAACAACCCCAACAACAGCAGCAACAACUUCAUCAUCAGCAGCAACAAAAGACAAUGAAUAAUAUUGGGGUGGGUACUACAGCCACCACCCUAAAUGCCGAACGUAGUGCAACGAAAAUAACUACAACAACAGCAGCAACGAUUAAUACAACGACAACACGAAGUACAUCAACCGAUCCAAAAGAUUCGACUUUAAUCGAAUUACUAAAGCGGGGAACACGCAUAGCAGUCACCCAAAAACAGCCAAACAAUAAUACACCCUUGGGUGGUGUAACCCGCCAGAUUAUAACGAAUAAAAAUAAUUGUAGUGUCAUUAUACCCUCGGAAGUCCAGGUGGUAUCGACCAAGGGCAAAAUCAAGAAAGACGAUCAUAUACAAAUGUCAAAUGCCACUAAUGUAACCCUGCCCGAUGGCACACCCUUGUCACUGACUAUAGCCCAAGGGGCUGAUAGCAACAGUGAGGUCUAUACCGUCACCUAUACGAGUGAUGGCUCGGCCUUAUUUGGUGAAAACGAGGUUUAUAAUGUAAGUGAAGCCGAGAUGUUGUUACAAACUGUCGAUACCAUGCAAUUAUUGAAUGACGCUGGAGACAAUUUAAAACCUGAACAUUCCGAACAAUUUGAGAUCUUGGAUAAUAAAAUUGAGCAGCAGAAUUGUGUGGAUCAACAGCAGCAACAGCAACAACUCCACCAGCAGCAACAGCAGUUGCAACAAAACUCAAAUCAGUGUCAAACUACACAAACUUUACCAAACUUCCAACAUUUCCAUUCCAAAGAAUUAAUCAUACAAAAUCCAACGUUGAUCAAUCACCAGCAGAUUAGAACAAAUACCUUGUCCCUGCCACAAGAUAUGAAAAAUCAAUUUGCUUCCAGCCUCAAUUCACCCAUACAUUCUCCUCUAGCUUAUCCCACACCACCCUCAAGUCAUGAAAAUGUUACACAGACCUCCCCCUAUAUUGAGGACAAUCACCACUUUAACGAUGCACCAAACAUCUUCUUCAGUGAGUCAUUAAUUUCCUCCAAUAAUGCCGGAGAAAGUGAAAAUGACAAAAUUAUGAAAUUGAAAAGUGUGCUCGAAGAUAAUUCCUUUGAUUCCAAUAUUAAGGUGGAAGAUUUACUAAAUGGUACUGAUCCCGAUACAGAAUGCGAUUUGCGAGAAUUUGCCGAAGCCAAUCUUUCCUUCCUAGAUGAGGAUCAAGAAUUUCUAAAUGAUUCUCGUAAUGCUACAUCACCGCUCUCGGAAUCAUUCUUUACCAGUGGUAUAGGCACUGCCGAGGAGGUGAAAGAGGUGUUGCGUGAGGUCUUAACCGAAGAUCAGCUGAAUUUGAAUUGUGAAAAUCAGGGAGAAAAUAUAAUAGAUUUAUAUUAUUUACCCGGUCUAAGUUUACAAUCACAAAUGAUGCCCAAUUCUGAAGAUCCUCUAUUGUCGUCUUCACCGCGAGAUUUUGGCCAGCAGCAAAAAUUGCAAAAUCCCAUGCCUCAGCAGCAGCAGCAACAGACUCAGCCGCAAACGCAACAACAACAGCAGCAACCACAAAUCCAACACAUUCCUCAUCAACAGCCACAACAACAGAUUAUACAAUACAACAAUCAGCAACAGCUAACGCAUUCAGCACAAACAGUUAAAAUAUCUUUAGAUACAAAUGCACAAACUUCUACUGGUUCCACUAAUUCCAACUCCGAAAUAAAUCAAUUGAUUUUGAAUAUACCCUCGAAUGUCAUACAGAAUUCCUGCAAUGCAAACUCUGCAAAUUCCGCUUCCUCCUCCUCCUCCUCAUCUACAACUACUAUACAAUAUAAUGUACAAAAUUUACCACAAGUACAAAAUCAAUCUAAUAUUCAACAACACCCACAACUUAUGAUGCAGCAGCAACAGCAACAACAACAUCAGACACAAUAUCUGACAUCCACAACCAUAAACUCACUUAAUGAGGCCUUAAUGCAGCCUAUAAUCUACACUAGUGGUACCACCGAUAAAAUGGAACUAAAAUUAGAUAACAACCCCAACACUACUAACCCACAAUUGCAACAAAAUAUUACUAGUCUCAAUAAACCCCUAGAAAUUGUGAAAAAUUCCGCUUCCUCGACUCACAUAAUAUUUCCUCAGCAAACUCACGCCUCAACUACGACUGUUAGCACUUCCUUGCAGCCACUGUCUAAUCAAACCAACUCUAUAUUGAAAAGACGUUUAAAAGGUCAUUCCUCAUUGGAGUCUACAUCAACACAUCCUUCUUAUUCCAAAUAUCAGGCGUUGUCGCCCUACAAAUCAAAAUUGCGCAAACCUUCACGCACCCAUUAUACACCGGCGCCCAUACUGAAUCCCGAACGUAAGGGUCAUGGUUUGUACUGUAAUGUUUUAAAACAAUUGGGUUGUUCCCUCUUGAGUUUCGACAACUUCGAUGAUGAUUUUGAUGAUCCAGUGGGUUUGGUCGAUUUUUCCGAUGAAUCAAAAGUCAAUUUGGGUUCUGCUUACCAAGCCUCUAUACCUGCAUUUAAUGAAAAUGUCUGCUCUACAUCGGCUAUUGAGGAAACGGUUGGUUGUGAUCUAAUGUGGAAUCCGGAAGUCCAAAAGGAUGAAAAGAUUUUAAUGAGAUUCAUUGACUUGAGUAAAUCUUCAGCCGUGCCAUUGGGCAGUCAUUCUGAAGAGGUGGCUUUGGAGGCCUUGCUAAAGGCCCAAGGUAAUACAGCAACUGCUGUUUUGAGUUUACUACAGACCCAGUCGAACUCAUUCCAAAUAAAAUGGUCUUCGCCAGAGUUGGAGAUAUUCCUUAAGGGUUUGGAGAAGCACGGGAAGGAGUUUAGUAAGAUUUCCAAAGAGCUUGGUACCAAGACAACUGGCGAAUGUGUACAAAUGUAUUAUUUCUGGAAGAAAUUAUGCGUGGACUACAAGGUAACCCACCUAAAAACUGAAACACUACCACAAAAUCAUGCCAAUGAUCCCAAACCUUAUGUAUGCGAAAUACCAGAUUGUUCAGCGAGCUUUUCUUCUAAAGCUGCUCUGCAUGGUCAUACUCGCAUCCAUACCUAUGGCCGCAAUAGCCACCACAAUAAUCAACACAGUAACAAUAAUAAUACGAAUGCAACUGCAACAACUACUAAUACCAAUGCAAAUUCCUCGCAAGGUUCUGCUACCAAUAGUAAUAAUCAUCCAAUGCAUAAUAACUCCCAGUCUAGCCAUGCCAACACGGCGAAUACAAAUCAAAAAGAUUCCAAUGCCAAUAAAGACAAUACCGAAUUCCCCUGCAAGGUGUGCGGCAAAGUAUUCAAUAAAAUUAAGAGUCGUAGUGCCCAUAUGAAGACCCAUCGUGCAACAGAUAAUGAAACAACUGUACAAAUUACAAAUAAUCAAAAUCAAAUAAUACAACAACAGCAGCAGCAACAACAACAGCAACAAACACAACAAUUAUAAAAAAUUUUUUAAUAAAAUUUUUUUUUCAUAAGCAAGAUACAUAAAAUUCCUAAAGAAUUAAUUAUAAUUUGUAAACAAAGGAAAAAAAUAUUAAUUGUAGAUACAAAAAGAAUUCUUAAAAAAAAAAUUAUGACAAUCGCCCGUUAAAAGAAAAAUCUUAAUUAAUUAAAUUUAAUAUUUUUUAUGUUAAUUUUUUUUAACUUUUUCAAUCAUUUUAAAUGAUUCGAAAUUAAUUUUAUGCAGCAUUUCUUAAAAUUCGUAAAAUAUAAAGAAAUAAAAUUAUUUUAAACUAGAAAAAGUGAAAAACUCAUUUUUAAAAUUAGUUGAACUUUAAAAAGUAAAUAUUAGAAAAAAAGCGUAAAUAUUUUAAACUUUUUAUUUAUUGUUUGUUUACCAAAGAAAAAUCAAAUCAAAUAAUUCUAGUCAUUGUUGUCAAAUUUUUAACAUAAAAUAAAAUUUUAACUAAUUUUUUCUUUUAGUAUACAAGUGAUAAAGAGUGAGAUUAAAAACCCCCUCCAGAAAUAUGUAUUUUCCCCAAGAAAAACAAAAACACAAAAUUAAAAUAAUUAUUAUUUAUAAAUAAAUUUGUGUGUUUUUAAAAAACUAGUUACUUAAUUAGUUUAGAAUAAAAACACAAUAAAAAGUAGUUUUUAUUUAAAAUCCAACAUCUGUCAGUCAGUCAGUUAGUCAGUCUAACUACAUAAUUACUAUUUAAUGUUGUUAAUGUUUGUAAUUAUUUUUUAAGCCUAAAAAUACACACACUAAAAUCAAUUUGUAUAUAUUUAAAUAAAUAUAUUAAAUACAAUUUAUAAAGAAAAGUUUAUUUGUCCUAAACACACAAAAACAAACAAAUUAUGCCAAAAAGACAAUUUAUUU